UAUCUGUACAAAUAGCAUUUUCAAUAUUUUUGGGACAUACGAGGGCUCAGGUUCUGUGAACGCAUGCGUUGCAUUGAAAAAUCAGUCAAUUAUAUUGAUUUAUUGGAAGUCUGUUUUUCCAAUUAAAGUUAAUAUCUUAGUAUAAGUGUAAAAAUCUAAACAUUGAAAUAAGAUUGAGUGGCUCAUUGAACUGAAUAUUUUGGUAGAAGUGUAAAAUCCAGAAACUAAAGCAAUAUUGACGGAUUUUUUGAACUGAUGCAAAAAUCCAAAAAUUGAAUAGGUGACAAUACCCAAUCGAGUAUUCCUAAUAAGUGUGAUACCAUACACCUCGCUACUUAAUGGGUUACAAUACAACAUCAAUGCGCAUAAACUAUAAGUUCUCCAGUUAACUGUUAGGAUCACCAAUUGGGUGAAAGAUCAUUUAGAUCUUAUGAUAGUUGUUAGAAUCAAGAAAAGGAAACAGGACUGUAUGCUGGUUAUGUUAAAAGAGAAUAGUGAACUGAUUUCCAAUUUAUAAAAUCAGUCCAUUAAAGCAUUUAAUUAAAAUGGUAGACAAUGUCGACCAUUUAUCUCUUUUCUGUUUUCCUGUCAAAACAUUUAUCUGUGGACUCCUGGAAUAGUUCCUUUUGUCAUUGUUAACAGUGGUUCUACUUGACACUUCUUGCCAUGUGUACUGGAAAUGAAAGGUGCCUUUGUGUCAUAGAUGCCGAUUAGGGAGGGAGAUAUGUCACUCCAAAUUUGGAAGUUACUGUUUUAUUUUCAGCUUUUUCAACAAAUUACCUCCUUGGUUUGGAAGCUGUUGUGUAACUUCAAUCAUUGGGGACAUAAACCAUGAGUUGAUGAAACCACUAAUUUGUGUUUUCCAGCCCUCGGGCCGUACCCAGUGGCUUGCAACACACAAGACAAUUGGAGUUACUUCCGGGUGUCAAAAAUUGCUUGUGGCUCAUCAAUUCCUUUCUCCGUCAAGAAUCUCGAUUUAUGGGCAGUUUGAGCGCCGGUCCACAGCCUCUGCUGUUUUGACUGAUGAUAACUCAACAAUGACAACUAGUGAAGAUGAAGCUGAAAAUAUUGGACUCUUGGGCAUAGACCCUGGCUUGGAGUCAUUCCGAGACCACUUCAGAUACAGAGUGAAAAGAUAUGUGGAACAGAAAAAGCUCAUUGAGAAUUAUGAAGGAAGCCUUGAGGAAUUUGCACAAGGUUAUCUGAAAUUUGGUUUUAACAGAGAAGAAGGUGGCAUAGUGUAUCAUGAAUGGGCCCCUGCAGCUCAGGAAGCAGUAGUUAUUGGGGAUUUCAAUGGAUGGAAUGGUUCUAACCACAAGAUGGAAAAGGAUCAAUUUGGAGUUUGGAGUAUCAAGAUUCCUGAUUCUGGUGGAAAUCCAGCCAUUCCUCACAAUUCUAGAGUCAAGUUCCGAUUCAAGCAUGGUGAUGGAAUUUGGGUUGACCGAAUCCCAGCUUGGAUUAAGUAUGCUACUGUGGACCCUACAACUUUUGGAGCGGCAUAUGAUGGUGUUUACUGGGAUCCACCAUCCGCGGAAAGGUACCAGUUUAAAUUUCCUCGUCCAACAAAACCCAAGGCUCCACGGAUAUACGAAGCUCAUGUUGGGAUGAGCAGCUCCGAACCCCGUGUUAAUUCAUAUAGAGAAUUUGCAGAUGAUGUUUUGCCACGAAUUCAUGCAAACAACUAUAACACCAUCCAGUUGAUGGCUGUAAUGGAGCAUUCCUACUAUGGGUCAUUUGGGUAUCAUGUUACAAACUUUUUUGCCGUCAGCAGUAGAUCUGGAACACCUGAAGAUCUCAAGUAUUUGAUUGAUAAAGCCCAUAGCUUAGGUUUACAGGUUCUGAUGGAUGUUGUUCACAGCCAUGCAAGCAAUAAUGUCACAGAUGGCCUUAAUGGCUUUGAUGUUGGCCAAAGCACACAAGAUUCUUACUUCCACACCGGGGAACGAGGCUACCAUCAAUUAUGGGAUAGCAAACUGUUUAACUAUGCCAACUGGGAGGUUCUCCGUUUUCUUCUAUCUAACUUGAGAUGGUGGCUAGAGGAGUUCAGGUUUGAUGGCUUCCGAUUUGAUGGAGUGACAUCAAUGUUGUAUCAUCACCACGGAAUCAACAUUCCAUUCACUGGAAAUUAUAUCGAGUAUUUUAGUGAGGCAACAGAUGUUGAUGCUGUGGUUUACCUGAUGCUGGCCAAUUGUUUGAUUCAGAAUGUCUUGCCAGAUGCAACUGUAAUAGCCGAAGAUGUUUCUGGUAUGCCUGGACUUGGUCGACCAGUCUUUGAAGGGGGAAUUGGCUUUGACUACCGCCUGGCAAUGGCUAUUCCUGACAAGUGGAUUGAUUAUUUGAAGAACAAAAAAGAUGAAGAAUGGUCAAUGGAAGAAAUAUCAUGGAGUUUGACAAACAGGAGACACAGUGAGAAGUGUGUAGCUUAUGCUGAGAGUCAUGACCAGGCCAUUGUUGGCGACAAAACCAUUGCAUUUUUAUUGAUGGAUAAAGAGAUGUAUUCAGGCAUGUCUUGUUUGGUGGAUGUUUCUCCUACUAUAGAAAGGGGGAUUGCACUUCACAAGAUGAUUCAUUUUUUAACAAUGGCUUUAGGAGGAGAGGGCUACCUUAACUUCAUGGGGAAUGAGUUCGGCCAUCCUGAAUGGAUUGACUUCCCAAGGGAAGGCAAUGGUUGGAGUUAUGAUAAAUGCAGGCGUCAGUGGGACCUGGUGGAUACAGAUCACUUGAGAUACAAGUUCCUGAAUGCAUUUGAUAGAGCUAUGAAUUCUCUUGACAACAAAUACUCAUUCCUCGCAUCAACAAAGCUGAUAGUAAGCAGCACAAAUGAAGAUGAGAAGGUUAUUGUAUUUGAACGUGGUGAUCUAGUUUUCAUAUUUAACUUUCAUCCAGAGAAUACAUAUGAAGGGUAUAAAGUUGGGUGUGACUUGCCAGGAAAGUAUAGGGUUGCACUGGACAGUGAUGCAUGGGAGUUUGGCGGACAUGGAAGAGUUGGUCAUGAUGUAGAUCAUUUCACAUCCCCUGAAGGAAUACCUGGAGUGCCAGAAACAAAUUUUAACAACCGUCCAAACUCUUUUAGAAUACUGUCACCAGCGCAGACUUGUCUGGUUUAUUAUAGAGUUGAAGAAAACUUGGAAAAUGAAGAAAACACAAAUGUCGAUGAGGCAGUUAUAGGAACUGCCAAGGUUGGUGAUGGCAGACUUGGAGACUCAGAUGAAGAUGCUGGCACCGGCCCAAGUCAGCUCCGAGAUUUAGAAGAGGAAGAAAUGGGAGGGGGAUCAUCAGAUGAUUAAUAGCACUCUGUAGCCAUGAUUCAGUUGGCUUUUCUGUACAUAUUGUGUGAGCAAUAACGAUCCGUAGCUGGAUCUGUUUGUUUUUCUUUUUCCUUUUAUUUUUGAGUGUCUAGAAAGCUUAUCCCGAAUACGAAUAUUUGCCCCUCUGUAGCAUUCUGUAAAUAUGAAAGAGUGUUGUAUUUUCAUGUAGUUUUUACAGAAUAAUAUUUUGCCUCAACUGAGCCAUAUUUUGAUUUGCCAAAAA